UUUUUUAUACUAAACAUUCACUGAUCAAACUGUACAAAAACAAUAUCUACAACCUACAUAUUAUGUGCUAUGUGUGUUUACAUAACACUCGAGUAGAUAUAUCAAUGUUAUGAGAUAAACGUUACACACCUAAAUAUCUGUAUUUCUGUGUUUAGGUGUAGGUAAUUGUGUAUUGGUGUUUGAUCUAGUCUAAGACCGAAAAAAUUAUGACCUCAUCGACUAAUUUUCCGACCGAUAUAAAAUCAUCAGCAUUAGAACUAAUUGGGAAUACUCCACUUGUUGCGUUGGACCGCUUGCACCCAGGACCUGGCCGUAUAUUAGCGAAAUGUGAAUUCAUGAAUCCCGGAGCGUCAAUAAAAUGUCGCUCUUCUUUGCAUAUGAUACAAAAAGCUCGCGAGCGCGGAGAUUUGAAACCAGGAGAUCCUGUUAUAGAAGUUACAUCAGGAAACCAAGGUUGUGGUCUUGCAGUAGUAUGUGCAGUACUAGGACAUCCCCUAACUCUCACUAUGUCUAAAGGUAAUAGUGUACAGCGAGCUAUUCACAUGGAAGCUCUUGGUGCAAAAUGUAUAAGAUAUCCUCAAGUGGAGGGCACGUAUGGAAACAUUACGUACGCUGACGUAUCGAUCCCAAUAGAAGCCGCAGUUACUCUAGCUGAAGAAACGGGGGCAUAUUUCGUUCAGCAAUUGUGCAACGAAGACAAUUCAGCUGCGCAUUACGAAGCAACAGGACCCGAAAUUUGGAGACAAACUGGACACAGAGUUGAUGGCUUCGUGACUGCUGUAGGAACAUCUGGAACAUUUAGUGGUGUCUCAAAAUUUUUAAAGGAACAAAAUCCUGAAAUAUUGUGCUGCGUCGUGGAACCCGCCGGCUCUGAGCCGCUAAAAGGAUGUCCUAUUGUAAAACCGAAACAUUUAUUGCAAGGAUCGAGUUAUGGAAUAGUCCCAAAUUUAUUUAAACCCGAAUUUAUGGACGAAAGUAUAAGCGUGACUGAUGAAGAAACGGAACAUUAUAAAGAUUUAAUUGGCAAGAAAGAGGGGUUGUACGUGGGCUACACAAGUGGAGCAAAUGUUGCUGCUGCUGUGAAGUUGUUGAAAUCAGGAAAACUGCCAAAAGAUGCAUGGGUUGUCACCGUACUUUGUGAUUCGGGUCUGAAAUAUACUCCAGUUCCAGAAUCAUUAAUAAACUAGUGAUAUCG